UCAAGUUUAUUUGUAAACACGCGCAUCAAUGCGCAUUGCCUCGUAAGAUGGACGCGUACGAAUCACGUAAGAGAGAUUGGGAAGAUUUAGAUGUUACCAGGGAAGAAUUGAAAAAUUUAACUGAAUGCUUGAAAAAGGAAGAAUUUCGUAAAUUACUUAUCGAAUACGCGGAAGAAGUGACCGAUCCAGAAAAUCGUAAGAUUUAUGAAAAUGAGAUCACACAAUUGGAGAAGGAACGGGGCGUCGACGUCACGUUCGUUAACCCCCAGCCUGGUUACGUCAUAAAAACUAGUGUCAAUGGAGAGAAGAAAUGUUUUUUAAAUAUUAGUAAAAGUGACAUUGUUGCACGACCUACGAGUCAUCCUUCAUACGAGGAUGGUCAUCGUGGUUUACAAUGGUCGAUUCCAUAUACUCUGAUACCUCCUCGCGAUGACCUUGAUAAAAAAAAUGUUCGUUGUCUCGUCUUCGAUGUGGUAUUUCAUCCUGACACAAUUUACCUUGCAUCCAAAAAUUCUAGGUUUCGUGACAUCGUUAAUAACACUGCAAUAGAUGGUGUAGAAAGUAAUUUUAAGGUGCAACUCGACAGGAAAAAUUUGAAAUUUCCUAAAAUGAACUUCAAGGGUAUCUCUCAUCCAAGCGUAAUUAGGAAACAGUCUAAAGAACCACCUAAACAGUCCUUAGACACGAAUCCAGAAAUUUAUCAAAAACUUAUGUCCAGUUAUGAUGAGAACCGUGAGCAACAACAGUUUAAAUACAGAGAGGAGAAGCCCAAACGCGCACCACCUGAAACCAUUUAUUACAAGAACAAGGAGUCUAAAUUAGAAACUGAGAAUGGGGAAUAUGUCACUCCAAAAUUCCUGAUAAAACAUCAGACGGAUGUUGACAUGGAAGAUUUUGUUGACAGUAGAGAUGGAAAAAUGUAUGCAACUAUUCCUAAAAAAUUAGUUAUCAUUAUAGAUUUGCCUUUGUUAGGAAAGGCAACUGAUGCUGUUCUAGAUAUUCAAGAACGCUCUCUUUACUUGAAGAGUGAAACACCUGCUAAAUAUUUCUUACAUUUACCCCUGCCAUAUAGCAUUGACGAAGAUCAUGGUAACGCCAAGUUUGAUUCUAAAUACAAAAAAUUAACAGUAGUAUUACCAGUCAUUCGUAAAUUAGUGAUGUUAGAAGAAAUGCAGAAAGAAGACAGUGACAUGGAUAGUGAUAGCAAUAGCUCAUUACCUAUUGUAUCCAACGAAUUAAGUGAAAAUUUAUCUACCAUGGAGCCAACUAUGAGUGAUUCCCUUUCAAAUUUAGUUCUAGAAGAAAAAACUAUACCAAUGGAUACUAUACCAAUAAAUAACAGUGAAACUUCAGAUAACAAUGUGUUGUGGACUACUAAUUCGUUAGAAACUACCAUACCCUUUAUGAAUACCGAUAUAAAAUAUACACUGCCAUCAUUUGCCUGUAAUAUGUAUGACAAUCAAAUAGCUUUUACAGUCAAUGUUAAAAAUGUUGACCCAGAUUCCAUAAAACAUAGAAUCUUAAAAAAUAACAUAGGAAUACAUAUUUUACUUGCAUCAAUGGGUGCAGGAUUUUUCCCACAGCACUAUUCUUUAUGUUUUAAGGUAGAAGAAAGUUUUAUAGAAAAAGAUUCACUUAUUAUUGAACCAUGGGAUAAUAAUCUUGUAUUUAGUAUUAAGUUAAAUAAUUCUGAUAAUGUAUCUCACUAUCUUGUUGGCGUGAAUGAAGAGUUCAUGGAAAGAAAAGAAUUAUCAAGCACCUUGUCAUUCAAGAAUAAAUUAAAGGAACUAAUGAAUACAGAAGAGAAAGAUUCUGAAAUUCCACUAGAAGUCAAUGUUCAGAAAGAAGAUAAUUCUGUCAUCAUAAAUAUUCGUUCUAAUCAGCUAGAUUCUGAUGAUGAGCACGAAGAAGAUGAACAAAAUAAUGUAAAUCAAAAUAGGAAAGGUAUAAUAAAGUCAAGAUCGGUCUCAGAAAGCAGUGGAGAUGAAUUACCAAGUAGUAGUGGUAGUAUGUCGAAAGGGAUAUUAAAAUUGCAUCGUACUCAUGAUUUUUCACGUUCUGUAUCUGAAUCAAGCGCUGACGAAAAUGGUGUAGUUAUUUCUUCUGCAGAUUUUUCAUGCAGUUCAAUUCACGACCCACAAUCAGAGUCGGAGUGCUGUAGUCUGAAAAAGACAGUACGAUUUAACAACGUUGUAUCUCGACAAUUAUUCAGAUCUAACUCUAGCAUUCUUGGUCAACGAAAGAAGAAUCAACGUAAGUUGCGAAACAAGAAACGCGCCCAUGAGCGCAAAUUAAGCGAAAGCGAAAAUUCUGAAACAGAAGAACGCGAUAAGUAUAAGAUUACACCAAAAGCGACAUCAGAAACAGAAAUUUCUGAAAAUGUGAAAUCCAUUCUUAGUCGUGAAAAACAGUCGGGUAAACAAAAAUCUGCUUAUAUUAAAAUUAAAAAAUUAAAAAAGUCUAAAAAACUACUUUCGGGAAAACGUAAAAGUAGCAUCGAAGAGGAAAGCACAGAAGAUACGAACGAAAUAGCAAUUAAAAAUUUAGAUCAAGCUGAAUUUAAAAAUGAUUUAAUAUUUGAUCUAGAUAUAUAAAUCAUACAUAAGCUCAUUGAGAUAAAGAAAAAAACAGAUUCGACAAGGUGGUAACAUAUGUAUGAUAAAUUUCCGGUGUUACAUGAAUGAUAGAAAUAUGUUGUUCGUAAUAUUAUAACGAUUGCAAUAGAAAUCGUUCGUCACUAAAUGUUUUUUAAAAAUGUUUUUCAAAAAUCCACAUUAAAUGUGAUAAAAUUUUUU